UUAAUCCUAAGGUUUAACAGUUGAGGAAAUUGAACAGUUUUAGACACCUAGUCCCUGCUGUUACCUUCAGCAGUAAGAGGUUACACAUGACUCCAGCAAGCUUCACUGCAGCAGAACAAAAAGGGGUUCUGGCAAGAGUUACCAUUUCAUAGAUAACAGACAGAGUACAGAGCUGGUGUUUACACUGCGCGCUUUUAAGAUGACAGCCGUAGAAUGUACACAAAAAACAGUUUUUUUGAAGCCAUGCUCCUGAACAGUUCAUUUCCAAGAAACCUCACGCUGCUUGAUAAGCCAGGACACAGUACAGGAUACAGUGUGUUUCAGUUGGUCGAAGGAACCCUGGAGAUAGGCGCUUUGUACAAUAUAUUUUUCUAUCAUCAAGGUUUGUAUUAGGAAACAGAUAGGACUUAUUAAUGACUCACAGGCACCUGCAGAAUCGGGGUGUGAUUCUGCCGUGACGUCAAGCACGUAUGCACUGCUUCAAAAGCCAUCACACAUAGCAGCCCAGUGGCCACUCCCUCAAGCUCAGUAGAGUAAUGCUGCUGUACUGGGAGACCAAGCCUGGAGAGCGCACUGAGGAGUUUGCUAUGAAAACGAAUCAAUCCCUUGGAAGAACUUCGGUUUUGUUUUGCCCUGUUUGGAAUACUGUGCCUUACAGCUUCGGUGAAAAUGGCAGGAAACUGAACAAAGAUCCGUGCUGCCCAGAUAUCUCCUGGAUGAGGAUUGGGUUCUUCAGGGUCAGGCCCAUGGGUCACAUCUGUACUGCCUAGACUGUUGGGCGAAACCUAACACCCCCUGCUUCAUCUGCACCCACACCAGGAUUUAUUACACUUCCACUGACCACCAAGCAGCUCAGUUGAUCUGACAUUCCUUGUUUCAUGAUCCAAUCUUACCUUAAUGACCACUGUACUGGUUGGGCAUCCAUAGCGUUUGCUGUGAACAAUUAGGCACGUGGUCUUCUCUAAGCAGUCAUAAACCAAGAUUGUUUUGCCUUUGUCUGCCUGCCUCUUGUUUUCCCUCAGAGCGUUGAAUUAAUUUCUGACGUUUGGAAAAACCUUCUCGUUACACACGACCACAAAUCUUUCAGCUGUCAUGCACGAGAAACUGAAAGGACUGGACUGGUGAUGACUGUAUCAGCAGCACCAGGGCUGAGUGAAGGGGGCCUGGUGGUGGCCAUCGUGGCUCAUGCUUUCUCUGUGACCUUGGUCCUCCUCCUGAUGAAGUGCCUGCACUCACGCUGCCCCCAGCUCCAUGGCUGCCGCGGAACCCAGGAGGAAGACGAGGAGGGACAGGCAGACCCGGGCUCCCUUGUUCUGGACACGCUCUCACAUGAACCCUGCCCCAAGAUAGCCUGCCAGGAGGUAGAGCAGUUCUACAGGGAGCUCCACACCCCAACCGGGGGCAGGGUCCUGGUCAAGACGCUCCUGCAGAAGCUGCUGGUCUUCAUGACCAAGGAGGUGGACCACAGGGGGGGCUGCCUGAUGCUCUCUGACAUGGGCAUCUCUCUGGAGAUCCCAGCAGGUGCUGUGAGUCUGGGCCGGACCGAACGGGUUUCCCUGGUUCUGGUGUGGGACCUGUCUGACUCCCCCUCUCUGCAGCACUCCCAGGCCCUGCUCAGCCCGGUGGUGUACUGCGGACCCCACGGCACUUCGUUCCUGCGGCCCUGCUUCCUGUCCUUCAAGCACUGCGGUGGCAACGCCUCCCAGGUGCACGUCUACGCCAGCGACACCGCCCUGCUCCCAUUCAAGAGGUGGGGCGAGGUGGGAGUCCAGACCAAAACCUGCAUCACCCGCGAUGAGUGCCAGGUAGCACUUACACACUUCAGUCUGUACACCGCUGUCCUGGAAGCGCGUGACAGUACCGAGGCACACAAGUGGCUCCAGCUGGCCAUGUUCUCCUCUCCGCUGGCUGCCGAGCAGACUCACCAGCAGAUCCGGGUCUACUUUCUCAACAACACCCCCUGCGCUCUGCAGUGGGCACGCUGCAAUGAGGAGCCCUUCCUGGGCCGGCUCUGUGGUCCGGUCCAGCUCUUCGACUUUACCAGCGCCAGCAGCGACAUGCUCCUGGUCCUCAAGUACCUGUCAGAAGGCUGGGAGAACGUGGACGAGAGUGCCAGCCAGUCUGUCCCUUUCCUGCACAUCUGGCAUGGGAGGUGUCCCUUCCGCUCCUUCUGCUUCAAGAGAAAGCAGGCUGACUGCACCCAAGACUCCAGUGAGAUUAUAGUGACCAUGCACACCUAUCAGCAUGGUCAGCAGGGAAAAUACUUUGAGAUCCUUCGUUUCCACCUGUCUGAGACAGGCUGCCACGUGGAAAGCAUCGCACCAAAGCCAUACUGCAACAGGAUGCCCCGAGAGCUCUUUGACCAGCUGCAGAUGCUGCUGGAGCCAAGCACGGUGAGCGGGAACGACUGGACAAAACUGGCUUCUCGUCUGGGGCUCUGCGGGACGAAGAUCAGGUUCAUGUCGUGUCAGCAGAGCCCAGCGGCUGCAGCUCUGGAGAUCUACGAGGAGCAGAACGGCAGCCUGCAGGGGCUUCACGACAUCAUGGUGGCUAUGGAGCGACUGGACUGUGCGGCCUGCAUCAAGGGCUACCUGGGGCAGCCACCCAGCCCCAGCCUCGCGGAGAAGAAAGUCAGCGUGGAGUCAGUGAGCGACAGCCGGCUGAUUGACUGCGGUUCCCUGGAGGAGAGGCAGGGGGUCCAGGCAUUCCCCAGCAAAGACGAGAAGCUAAUUCUGCACAUCUACGACAACAAAGCCAUGGAGAGGGAGGAGGCUGCCUAGGUGAACAUGAGCCGGGGGGGGGGAGCGUAUCCAAAAAGAACUCAGAUGGCAAGGCACAGCAGCAUUUCAGCAUGGGAAUCUGUGCCAGGGGGAAAAGGAAAUACCGUGUCAGAGCCAAGGGCUGGGACUUCGUAAAGCUGUGACCUAGAGCGAGUUUCAGCUCUUGGGGAGUCCUUUUCCUAAAGCUCUGGGGGCUCCACACAGGCGCUAAUGCGUUCCCUCACUUUGCAGGGAGUAGCACACACAGUCUAAGUUCAUUUCAAGCACUUUCAGGGUGUAUAUGAAUGAACUGGAGCGUGAGACUGUUCAAUUCUUGCAUUUGUGUAAAAUGUAAAAACUCAGCAUGCUUAUCAAGUAUCUGAAUGCAGAAUGAAGUUACAAAAUUAAUGACAUUAAAUAUCGGCUUUCAGGGAAUGGAUGUAUGGAUGUGUGUGUGGGGGGGGGGUUAAAAACACAAGUUGAACGAGAACGGUAAUUUCUUUUUUGUUUUGCACAUAUAUAAUUAACAGUCAAGUAUGUUUUCAUCCAAUUAGCAAUUUCUCCCAGCCUAAUAAUGUUUAAAAAGCAAUAAUAAAAAAUAAAAAAAACAUUCGAUCUAAGAGAUGGUAUAUUUCCAAUCCCAGGUCAACAGGACAGAUUGUAUUUCCAAUACCAGAAAACAAAAUCUAGAUAUACUGCACAGCUGGUAAGCACACUUCUGGUUCUGAGACAUUGAAAAAGAUCCCUGUACAAUUCUUUAGUUUCACUUGAUUGACCUCCAUCAGGGAGAAGGCAUUAAGAAUAUCGAUAAAUAUUUCAUAGAAAUACCACAGAAUUGAUACCACCCUAAACAGAGCUAGGACAGCAACCAUACAGUUUUUCACAGGGAGGAUCUUAAAAGGAAAGUGCAGUAUCUGUAGCCCCAUCCCUAGAGAGUGAAGCCCCCCUCGAUUGCAGGCAUGCUUUCCACUUCACAUUAUUAAAACCAUACACUCCUCCUAAAGUUAAUGCAUGUUAACCCCCCCCCCCCCCCCCCCAAAAUGCUCCACCGGUAACCUCUUAGUGUAGCCAUGGCUUAUAGACUCAAAACAACUCAUGAAUGUGUCCACAUGUAGGUACUUGGAGGAUCUGAAAACACUCACUUUCCAAAAAAGUGUACAUUUUAAAAUAUCUGACAAUGACCCCUUUAUUAAGACGCACACAUGCAUUAUUUCCUUCUGCAUCACUAAACCAGACAGUAGCCAUCACCUUGUUCCAAUAGAAAGCCAAGUAUUAAUGACACUUGCGUCAGCUCAGUCAAAGCCAAUCCCACCCUCUUUCUUUCUAUCUAUUUAUCUAUCCAUUGAUCCAACUGUGUCUUUUCCUGGGUAUUUGCAUUUUGAGUUCAGUAACAGGUAAAUAGGACUUAUGCAAAUGAUUGGCCGUGUUGCAUUUGCAUGAAGACGUAAAGCUGUGCCACGUCUGAGUGCAGAAUUAUUUCUCUGGGAACGCGCCUGGUCCAAUUUCGAUAUCGCCUGGUCCAAUAUUGUGAUACAUAAGGUUACCCAAUGGUUUCUGUUAAAGGAAGUACCAACAGCAAUACACCUGUAAAGGCACUUCUAAAGUAUUGAUUCUAGCAUUCUUGCACAUUGAGUGCAAGUCUUUUUUACAGAUAGUUUUUACAUACAGUACAAAGUUUCUGGGUGCAUAGUGUAGUAGGUCUGAAGAUCAAUAUUCAAACAGAUUUGAGGUUCUCAAAUAAUGUGGUUGGAAGCAAGUAGCCUGCCUGUUUUAAAAUGACCUGACGCUGUUUUAGGUCCCCGAGUUAUAAAGCACUGUUCUCUUCUGCACCCAUUAUAUCUGAACAGUGAAAAUAACAAACAGUUACAAUAGAACAGCGCAAACGGAAUGGGGCAUUGGAAGUCAAUGCCAUUGGUGUUAAUCACACCACAUAAGAGGUGUACUGGGGAGUGGGAGGCUGUGUACUGUUAGCUUCCAACAAUGAGGUAUCCGGCAGGAUGAAAGAAGAUCCUGUACUUUAAUAGCCAUUCGAAUACAGCACUGAAGCCAGGUAGUACAUGGUAGUUUGCAACAAGCACCAUUCCCAAUACUGCCGUGCAGGCUGCAGGGGUGUGAGGUAAGUACGGUGAACCAGUAAAACUGACAGACUAUCAAGAGAACUGAAAACAUGCAUGACUGCGUCUG